CACCAUCACUAUUUAUUCCAAGGCCCUCCUUCUCCUCCUCCUCCCGUUUCCUCUCUGUUUCUCUCUCUCUUCUGCACAUACAAAAUCCAUUUGUCUACCACCAUUUUCCGCACUUCGAGAACAACCUUCUUCACCAGCAAAACCCCUCUUUUUCAUAAUUUUUUCUUCUUUCUAACUUUUUUUUUCUUCUAAUCUCUGUUCACUCAAGAAUUCCAGUAAACACAGUUCUGUAAUGGAUGCCGCAAAUUUAGCCAUGAAAUCUUCUUCUUCUUCCUUCUUUUCGAAAACCCCAUGUCUAUUUUCUAGUCCUAAACCCAUUUCAAGAGGACCCUCCUCUGUUUAUACACUGCCCUCGACUUUUAGACCCCUUGUGAAAUGCAUACAAGCUCCGUUCUUACCAUCCCCAUUAAACCCUGAUUCCAAAAAGCCCUUAAAUUCACCCUUUACCUGUUCAGCUGUUACUUCUUUUCCUUCCCAAUCUCAUCCCAAUGCGCAUUCGGAUGCUGCUUCUUCUUCUUCUGCCAAGCUUAAACUUCUGAUUUCGGAAUUCCAGUCCCUAGUUGAACCAAUCGAUCGCGUGAAGCGUCUAAUGCACUACGCCUCACUGCUCCCUUCUAUGGAUGGGUCCGUUAAGACCACGGAGAAUCGCGUGCCGGGUUGUACUGCGCAGGUAUGGCUGCAUGUGAGUUUAGAUGAGGAAGGCAAGAUGAGAGUUUUGGUGGACAGUGAUUCGGAGCUAACUAAAGGGUUUUGCGCCUGUUUGGUUUGGCUGCUUGAUGGGGCUGUCCCAGAUGAGGUGCUGGCGUUGAAAACAGAGGAUUUGAAUGCUCUGAAUGCUGUGGGGUUGAACAGGAAAGGAUCUGCAUCUAGGGUGAAUACAUGGCAUAAUGUGUUGGUCAGCAUGCAGAAAAGAACAAGGGCUGUGGUGGCGGAGCGCGAUGGAAAGCCGCGCAGCGAGCUGUUCCCAUCUCUGGUAGUGACUGCUGAUGGUAUCCAACCCAAAGGGAGCUAUGCUGAAGCCCAGGCGAGGUUCUUGUUUCCUGAUGAAUCAAGGGUCCAAGAACUCGUCAAUGCGCUAAAAGAGAAGAAAAUUGGAGUUGUUGCUCAUUUUUACAUGGAUCCUGAAGUGCAAGGUGUUCUAACUGCAGCACAGAAGUUUUGGCCCCAUAUACAUAUAUCUGAUUCUUUGGUCAUGGCAGAUUCAGCUGUCAAUAUGGCAAAAUCUGGAUGUCAAUUUAUAACUGUAUUAGGUGUAGAUUUCAUGUCAGAGAACGUGCGAGCUAUUCUUGAUCAAGCUGGAUUUCCAGAGGUUGGAGUUUAUCGGAUGUCGGAUGAACACAUUGGUUGCUCUUUGGCUGAAGCUGCAUCCAGUCCAUCAUACAUGGAUUAUCUUACAACAGCUUCAGUUUCUUCUCCAUCUCUGCAUGUUGUCUACAUAAAUACCUCUCUGGAGACAAAAGCAUAUUCCCAUGAGCUUGUUCCAACCAUAACAUGUACUUCCUCUAAUGUUGUGCAAACUAUUCUACAGGCAUUUGCUGAAGUACCUGACUUGAAGGUGUGGUAUGGUCCUGAUACCUACAUGGGCUCAAACAUUAUGGAAUUGUUCAGUCAGAUGUCCGUGAUGACUGAUGAAGAAAUUUCUGAGAUUCAUCCUUUACACAACAGAAUGUCCAUUAAAUCCUUGCUUCCUCGACUGCAUUAUUUUCAGGAUGGGACAUGCAUUGUUCAUCACCUCUUUGGUCAUGAAGUUGUGGGGAAGAUAAAUGAAAUGUAUUCUGAUGCAUUCCUUACUGCACACUUUGAAGUUCCUGGUGAAAUGUUUUCUCUAGCAAUGGAAGCUAAGAAAAGGGGCAUGGGAGUAGUAGGUUCUACCCAAAACAUACUAGAUUUUAUCAAACAAAGGGUACAAGAGGCCUUGGAUAGAAAUGUAGAUGACCAUCUUCAAUUUGUUUUAGGAACAGAAUCAGGAAUGAUUACUUCAAUAGUUGCUACAGUCCGUAAAUUACUCUGUUCUGCUGACCCCUCUUCCGGAGGAGCAAAAGUUAGUGUUGAGAUUGUCUUUCCUGUCUCAUCAGAAUCAGUGACAAGAACAUCUUUGGACCAAACGUUUGGUGAAAUGAGGGAUUCCUUGAAGGUCAAUGUUAUACCUGGAGUUGCAAGUGGAGAGGGGUGUUCUCUUCACGGUGGAUGUGCCUCUUGUCCAUAUAUGAAGAUGAACUCUCUUAGCUCGUUGCUAAGAGUUUGCCACAGCUUGCCCCAUAACAAAGCUGAACUUUCAGCUUAUGAGGCAGGACGUUUCAGUUUGCUAACCCCGAAAGGAAAACAAAUUGCGGAUAUUGGUUGUGAGCCAAUUCUGCACAUGAGACAUUUUCAGGCUACAAAAAGAUUACCAGAGCAGCUCAUCAAUCAAAUACUUCAACCUUGUGAUAAUGGACAAUCCAGCUCGCAUAAUUAAAAGAAAAGCUGGACCAACAGUGGUAUUUAGACAGAUGGAAGUUACUUCCCUUAAUUAGAUAUACUAGGCAAGGCCUGAAGGAACAUUAUGCCUGCCACAUUUUUUCUGCUCGGUACAUGGAUCAUACAGCGAUUUUGUGCUGUGUGCAUGCCUUGAUUAUUCUGGUUCUUACUUUUUAUUAUUAUUUUCACCUGAUUUAGCGUGAUAAUAGAUUUAUAGAUAGAGGAAAAUAAUGAUUGGCUUUUGUUUGAGCUGUACCCCUUACAAAAUUUUGUUGGCAUUGAAAGUGUAGUUUCUGUUGUCAUGAUGCUACAAAAAUGGUUUUGGUGGUCCUGAAGCUGAAGUCAGAUGGCUGGUGUCUUUGCCUUAAGAGGGAAGUUAGAAAGAUAUUUUGUAUUGAAAAACAAUGAGCAACAAAAGUGAUAACAUCUUCUCCGGGUGAUGCCGGUAGUUUUCAUAUGCUUUUUGUUGGCUAUGAUUGUAAUUGACAGUAUUAUAGGAACUGUCUGAUUCAGAGAAGAGAUUGUUAUUAAUAGUAUUUCAACAUGAAGGUGAUUGUCAAUUAAUCAUUAGCAGACAUUGUAAUGGUACAAGUAUGUUGGUUUGAAGAUGGAGGUUGAAGUA